AUGUUUCGAUAUGGCGAUCAUUUUGGCACAACCCUUACUUCAUACGAAUGGUUGAGAUUCUGUGAUGUUGAGAUUGAUCUCUUCCUCAAUCAACUUCUUAUUCAAUGCCAGGCGAAUCCGUUUACUCCACGUAAGUUUUAUUCAAAUCCUGCUUACAAUCUACUCACAUUCGCUUUUUUUCAGUUCACAACACACGAAUUAAGGCGCCUUAUUCAAUUGGAUCGAACACAUUUCAUGGGAUAAAACAAAUGUCGACCACUAUUGCCUGGGAUAAAAUCGAAACGGCAACAGAAGGAACGUUGAGAGGUAAAUAAAUUUUAUUUAAAUGUAUUAUUUAACAAUUUUUCAACUUUUAGGUCAAGGUGAGCAUCUUUUUGAUGCACUCAAAACGGAAGAAAAACCCUCAAUACCAAUAUUUUUUUAUUUAUUUCAAAGAUUUAUUAUUUUUGGAAAAAUUGAUAACCAUUUAAUUUUUGAAUAAAGAUAUAAAAAAAAAUGCUUCAAUAGUUGGUCUCUCAAAUGAGGGAUUUGAUGUCGGUGGUGGAAGUGUUAUUGGUGUCAAGGGCAAGGAGUUCGCAGGUCCCAAGAUCAUGUGGAUCAGCCAAAAAAUUUGGGCCAAAUAUAUUUCAAAACAAAAAUAAAAAGUCAAGGCGCAGGAUUCUCUGUUUGGGUCUCGCAACGCUUUCAAGAAAUACGGUGAAAAAAGGAGAAUGUGCGUAUUUCUACACAUAGGUCUCGUCACGUUUUCUGGAUUACUGUAUGAGGAGAAAAGGAAGAAACUCCUUCUCUUUUCCGUGUUUCUGCCCCACUUUUCUCCUCUUUCUCCUCAUUUCUCGAAAAAUUUUGGCAGAAAAAAUAUUAUAUUUUAUCAACUCAUUACUUUCCGUUUCUCUUAACUUCACUUCAUUCAUUUUUGCUCACAAAAGUUUAAUUUCAUUCAUUUUCAUAGUUGAUAUUCACUUUUUCCUUGUUAAUUUUUGUUUUUUCCUCUUUUCCUCGUGUGCACACCAAAUGCGCCAACUGCGCUUGGCUGACGCUUUCUGUGUGUCCUCCUUCCUCCUUCCUCCUUCUCGCAUAUUUGAAUAUAGUUUUCUGUUUGCUGUGUUUUUCUUAUAUUUGAAGGUGUUUUUUGUCAUUUUCACUAGAAAUUUCGAGAUUUUUCAUUUUUUUUCUAGUUAGUUCUGUCAGAAUUUUCCAGAUUGUUCUAGAAUACAUUCUGCCUGUGAAAUCUUCUCAUUCUUCUUCUUUCUAUAGGUUAUUUCUCGGUUUCUGUGGAUUUUUUCACUUGUUUUUGGUUUUUUCUCUAUUUCCUCGUGUUCUUAUAAAAUUUGCCAACUGGCACUGUUUUUUACUCUUUCAACGUUCAUUCUCCACAAUUUCUGUAUAUUUUUGCUCACAAAAGUAUAAAUUCUUUCAUUUUCAUAGUUGAUAUUCACUUUUUUCUUCUUCUUUUUUGUUUUUUCCUCUUUUCCUCGUGUCAACAUCAAAUGCGCCAACUGCGCUUGGCUGACGCUUUCUGUGUGUCCUCCUUCCUCCUUUUCUUCCCUCUCGCAUUAUUUGAAUAUAGUUUUCUGUUUGCUGUGUUUUUUGUCUUUUUUCCAAGAAAUUUCGAGAUUUUUUCUCCAUUUUUUUAGUAAAUUCUGUCAGAAUUUUCUAGACUGUUCUAGAAUACAUUCUGCCUGUGAAAUCUUCUUAUUUUUCUUGUUUCUAUGAGUUAUUUUUCAAUUUUCGUUGAUUUUUUCACCUGUUUUUGAUUAGGUUUUGUCGGAUUUUGAACCAUGAAGGAUUCAGAAGGCCUGUCGAGGAUUCAGAAGGCACAUGAAGGAUUCAGAAGACACCUGGAGGAUUCAGAAGACACCUGGAGGAUUCAGAAGGCUCGGGUGUCUUCUGAAUCCCCCAUAGGCCUUCUGAACCCCCACAGGCCUUUGGAAUCCCCCAUAGGCCUUCUGAAUCCCCCAUAGGCCUUCUGAAUCCUCCAGGUGCCUUCUGAAUCCUCCAUAGGCCUUCUGAAUCCUCCAUAGGCCUUCUGAAUCCUCCAGGUGUCUUCUGAAUCCCCCAUAGGCCUUAUGAAUCCCCAUAGGCUUUCUGAAACCCCCCCCCCCCAUAGGCCUUCUGAAUCCUCCAGGUGCCUUCUGAAUCCCCACAUAGGCCUUCUGAAUCCCCACAUAGGCCUUCUGAAUCCCCACAUAGGCCUUCUGAAGCCCCAUAGGCCUUCUGAAUCCCCACAUAGGCCUUCUGAAUCCUCCUCAUUUAUUCCAUCUCUUCAUAAAAUAUUCAAAUUCAAAUUGCCGCCCAAAUAAUUCGAUUUGAAUUUCCGCCACUGCGGUCUUCCACUCGAGACCCAAACCACGCCGCCUAUCCUACAAAUUAUUUUUCACUCUCCUAAAAUCACUUCACUUUUUCAUUUUCUCUCAUUUUCGCUCAUUUUUGUUGGUUUUUUUUGCUUCUUUUUUUUCUUUUCGUUGUUUCUUUUAUGAAUUUGUAAUUUAAGAAUUGUUUUUCAGCACAGCACGUCUUGCGUGUUCAACUUCCUCGCCCGAUUUUUGUCAAUCUUCGCCUUAUUUUUGGAUUUGUCGAGCCAUGGCCCCCAAGAAAGCCGCCUCGUCCGCCGCGCCACCAAAGGAUUCGAAGGUUAGUUUAGUUUAUUUGGGGGUUAGGGAAAACAUAAACAUGUCAGUGAAAUUUUGUUAAUCAACUUUGAUAUCGAAAUUUCUGUUUGAAAACCCUUUUUGAAACCAAAAAUGAAAGUUUUUCGUGAGAAACUCAGUUUUAGAUCCAUUUUUUGAUAAAAGUCAUGAAUUUUCUCUCUAGUUUUGAACUUUAGUGUUUAGAAAUGAGAUCCCAAGCUCUUUUAAUGACUCUAAAAUACAAAUCAAGCCUUCAAAAUCACAUUGUUGAUUUUCGAAAUGUUUCGAAACAUUUCGAAAUGUUUCGAAAAUAUUCGAAAUGUUUCGAAAUGUUUCGAAAUGUUUCGAAAGUCACCAAUUUCAUUUUUUUGGGAGAUGUGAGGCUUGAUUUGUAUUUCAGACUCAUUGAAAGAGUUUGGGAUGACAUUUCUGAACACUAAAAUGCGUUUCAGUGUCCAGAAAUGCUAAUUCAGGACCUUCUAAUCAGCCUAAAAACAAAUCAAGCCUCACAGGCUGAUUAGAAAGUCUUGAAAUAGUAUUUCUGGACUCAAAAACGCAUUCUAGUGUUCAGAAAUGAGAUCCCAAGCUCUUUCAAUGAGUCUAAAAUACAAAUCAAGACUUCCAAAUCAAUAUGUUGUUUUUCGAAAUGUUUCGAAAAUCUUCGAAAUGUUUCGAAAAUCACCAAUUUCAUUAUUUGGAAAGAUGUGAGGCUUGAUUUGUCUUUUAGGCUGAUUAGACGGUCUUGAAAUAGCAUUUCUAGACACUAAAAUGAGUUUUUGCUUCACGUUUUUCAUUUUGUGAAUCACUGAAUUGACAACAUUUCAUUGACAUGCUUAAAAAAUUGGCGGGAAAUUUAGAAUUUUGAAAACAGUAUUGCAAUAGAAAGUGUGCGCGAUUAAUGAAUGCAUAAACUUUUGCCUGUAGUGAAACCUGAACGUGUUUUGACACGCUGAGAUUUGAUAUCAGAUUAGCUAAUUUAAUCACAAUACAAGUCACAUAAUUCUCUUUUGGUAUAGUUUCAGAAUGAGUAUAGGUUGUACGCGGCUCUUUUCAAAAUCACAGAACUGUUUCAAAGUCUAAUUUUUGACUACUUAUUGAAGUAAUGAAAUAUGAACAUAUUAUCAUAAUUCAGCUAUAAUCAAAAUAAAUUAUUGACUUUUAAGUGCUCUAGAGCCACUUUAUCAGGUCAAGAUCAGAUUUAACAAAUUUCUUGAGAGGUUUUUUGUUGUAAACCUGCUUGUUCUUAAAAGUGUGAAUCAAACUCUAUGAAUGAACUUGAACAAAGUAAGGAAAGGAUGUCUGACACUUUUAGUGGAAUUAUCGCAUGCAUUUUUUUCUGGUGGUAUUUCAUGCCCGCAAAAUUGUUAGCAUUAGAAGCUGUGUUGUAAAUUUGAAAAAUCUAAAUUUUCCGCCAAUUUUCAACACGUCAGCAAAUAAUUUCAUCUUCAAAUUCUUGGCGCCAAAAGCUCCUUUUUAGAAACUGAAUUUUAUGAUAUAAUUUUGACGCUGAAAAUGUGAAUGUGAAAUUUUUGAUGACGGGUCAAAAAAAAAUUUGAUUGAUUAUUGUUGUCUGAUUUUUUCUGCUGAUUUUUUGUCUGAUUUUUUAUUCUAUUUUUCGUCUGAAUUUUUAUCAUCUAUUCUGUUAUUUUCUGAAAAUUUGAUCUUAAAAUUUUUAUUUGAAACAUUUCAAAUUUCAAACAUUUUUUGGCUUUCAAGAAAAAAAACUUCUAACCAUAAUUUUUAUAAAUUUUCAUUUCAUUUAUAAUUUUUAGAAAACUUUUCGAAAAGAAACCUUCUAAAACCUAUUUGAAUUCCUUUUUUAAAAAAAAACUUCGAAAAAUUUCUGGUUUAUUAUUUUCGUAUGAUUUUUUCUGCUUUUUUGUCUGAAUUUUCAUUUUAUUUUUCGGCUGAAUUUUAAUCAUCUAUUCUGUUAUUUUCUGAAAAUUUGAUCUUUAAAGUUUUAUUUGAAAAAUUUCAAAUUUCCAACAUUUUUGGCUCCCAAGAACAAAAAUUUUGAAAAAAAUCUAACCAUCUUUUGAAUUUUGAUUUGAAUUGAAAUCUUUAGAAAACUUUUCAAAAAAAAAACCUUCUAAAACCUAUUUGAAUUCCUUUGAAAAAAACUUCGAAAAAUUUCUGGUUGAUUAUUUUUUUCUGAUUUUUUGUCUGAUUUUUCAUUUUUUUUUCCGUCUGAAUUUUUAUCAUCUCUUUUGUUAUAUUCUGAAAAUUUGAUCUUAAAUUUUUUAUUUGAAACAUUUCAAAUUUCGAACAUUUUUUGGCUUUCAAGAAAAAAACUUUUCAAAAAAAUCUAACUAUAAUUUUGAUGAAUUCCAAUUUCUCUUUACAAACUGAAUUUUAUGAUGCAUGUUUGACAUUAAAAAUGUGAAUUUGAAAUUUUUGAUGACGUGCCAAAAAAAAUUUCUGAUUGAUUAUUGUUGUCUGAUUUUUUCUGCUGAUUUUUUGUCUGAAUUUUCAUUUUAUUUUUCGGCUGAAUUUUUCUUUCUGAUUUUUUUCUGCUGAUUUUUUGUCUGAAUUUUUUUAUUGAUUUUUUUUCUUUUUUUUUUGGAAUUACAGUUUGUAUUGAUUCUUUAAGUUCAGUUUUACUAGUAGAGCCUAUAGAAUUUUUUUCCCGGGUUUGAGAGAAUACUCUAGAUUUUCUUCAUGUUUCCUCUUGGCUUCAACAUUUGCCCAAGCUUCUAGAAAAACAUCAGUUCUUGUAGAUUUAUUUUCUGAUUUAUAUGAAUUUUUUUCGAGCUACUAAGAAUCUCCCUGACCCUUCAGAAUUAACACGAGCUUCUAGAAAAAGCCGAAACCUAGUAAAUUUCUUCUCUAAUUUAUAGGUAAUUUUUAAGCUGCUAGGAAUAUCUCAAAGCUUUCAGAAUCAUGAAAACACUCUAGAUCUUGUAGAUUUUUUCAUUGGUUUAUAGACGCUUUCAUAAGCGUUUAGAAAUAUCCAAGUGUUUUUAGAAUAAGGCUGAGCUUUUUAUAGAAACUUUUUUGGGCUUUCCGAAUUUGUCUGAGCUUUCAUAAAAACUCCAGAUUGUGUUCAUUUUUUCACUGAACUUUUAGAUGUCUUUUUGAGCCUUCAGAAUCUGACCAAGCUACUAGAAAACCUUCAAACUCUGUAGAUUGCUCCUCUGUUUUUAAGUUCUUUUAUGAGAUCUCCCAUAGCCUUCAGAAUUGGCAGGAGCUUUAAGAAGUUCCCCGGACUUUGUUGGAUUUUUCUGUGGCUUUUAGACGCCUUUUUGAACUUUUUGGAAUCUCCCUGACCCUUCAGGAUUUGCACGAUCUUUUAGAAAAACCCUAAAAUCUAUUAGAUUCAUUCUUUCUCUGUCUCAUAUAAAUUUUUUUGAGUUUCUGGGAAUAAUCCAAAACCUUUCACGAGCUUCUAGAAGAAGCCUAACCCUUGUAGAAAUUCUUAAACUGUUAUUAAAAUUUGGAGGACCAUAAAAACUGUAAUUCCAGAUCUGCUGUUAAAAUUAUAUUGAUUUUUCUUGAUUUUUCUUCUGAUAUUUGGUUCAUUUUUGUUUUCUGAUAAUUUAAUUUCAAAAUUUUUUUAAUUUAUUUUUUUUUUGGAAUUACAGUUUUUAAUAAUUCUUUAAGUUUCAUUUUACUAGGACCCAUAGAAUUUUUUCCCGGGCUUCUAGGUAUCUGCUAGGUUUUUCAGAUAUUUUCCGGUUUGAGAGAAUACUCUAUAUUUUCUUCAUGUUUCCUUUUGUGUUCAGAAUCCUUAGUUCUUGUAGAUUUGUUUCUGACUGAUAGAAACUUGUUUUGAGCUUCUAGGAAUCUUCCUAAGCCUUCAGAAUUUAUACGAGCUUCUAGAACAAGCCUGAACCUUUUUAAGACUUUUUGAAACUUGCCUUAGACUUUAGAAAUCACCCAGAGCCUUCAGAAUUAGCACAAACUUUUAUAAAAAUUCCAGACCGUGUUGAUUUGUCCACUGAACUUCUGUCUUUUAGAUGUCUUUUUGAGAUUUCAGAAUCUACUUCUCUGGCUUCUAGGCACUUUUCUAAGCUUCUAGGAAUUUCCCAAAGCUUUCAGAUACCUCAUAGAAAAAUCUAAGUUCAUCUUGAAUUCUUCUUUGACCUAUAAGAUCUUUUUUGGAUUCAAGAAAUAUCCGGAAGUCUUCAGAAUCCUAGAAACACUCCAGAUCUUGUAGAUUUCUUCUCUGACUUUUAGGCACUUUCCUGAGCUUUUAAAAAUCUCCCGAAGCCUUCAGAAUCUGCCACAGCUCCCAGGAAAAUCUCAGUUCAUGUUGAAUUCUUCCCUGACUUAUAAGAUCUUAUUUGGACUUCUAGAAAUAUCCGGAAGUCUUCAGAAUUCUUGAAACACUCUUUGUACCUUGUAAAUUUUGUUGCUGGCUAAUAGACACUUUCAUGAGCUUCAAGGAACCUUUCAAAGUCUUCUGAAUUUACCCAAUGCUCCGAGAAAUACUUCUAGAUCUUGUAGAUUGUUUCUCUGACCCAUAUACAAUUUUUUGAGCUUUUCGAAUUCGUCUGAGCUUUCAUAAAAACUUCAGACCGUGUUGAUUUUUCUACUGAACUUCAAUAAGUCUUCUUGAGUCUUCAGAAUCUGCCCAACCUUCUAGAAAAAACUUUAGACCUUGUAGAUUUUUUCUCGGAUUUGUCGAUAAUUUUGUAAGAUCUUAGGAAUCUCUCAUAGCCUUCAGAAUUUGUGCGAUCAUUCAAAAACAGUCUAAUCCGUGUAAAUUUCUUGUCUGACUUGUAGGAGCUUCUAAGAAUCUCACAAAGUCUUCAGAAUGUGCCCAAGUUUCUAGAAAACCUUCAAACUUUGUAGAUUGCUUCUCUGUUUUGAGGUACUUACGAGGUCGUAGGAAUCUCUCAUAGCCUUCAGAAAUUACACGAGCGUCUAGAAAAAUGCCUAAACCUAGAAGAUUUCUUCUGAGACUCAUGGAAACUUCAUUGAGUUUCUGAGAAUAUUCCGAAUCCUUCAGAAUCUUCCCGAGUUUCGAAAAGUACACUAGAUCUUGUGAACUUGUUCUCUGGCUGAUAGGCACUUUGAUGAGCUUCUAGACAUCUUCCAGAGUCUCCAGGAUUUGCACGAACUACCAAGAUCUUCUAGAUUUUUUCUCUGAUUCAUAGCAACUUUUUUUGGACUUCUAGAAAUAUCCGGAAGUCUUCAGAAUCCUAGAAACACUCUUCUAGAAAAAUCCUAAACCUAGUAGAUUUUUUGUCUGAUUCAUCUGAAAUUUUUCAAGCUUCUCUCAAAACCUCCAGAUACCGUCCAAGCUUCUAGAAAAACCUAAGUUCAUGUUGAAUUUUUCUCUGAAUUAUCGGAACUUUUUUGGGCUUCUAGGAAUCUCCAGAAACCUUCAGACGUUGCACGAUCUUUUAGAAUUACCCUAAACCUCGUAGAUUCUCACUCUGGCUGAUAGGAAUUUUCGUGAGCUCUUCAGAAUGUGUCCAAGCUUCUAGAAAUCUCUAUGAAAAACAAGGAAUAUCAACAUGUAAAGGACCAUGAAAACUGUAAUUCCAGAGAAUUAAAAAUCAACAAAAAUUUCUAGAUUUAAGUUUUAAAAAUUUGAUUUUUGAAAAUCAAAAUUUAGGGGGAUUUCGAAUUAGAAAAAAUAUCAACAAAACUAAAAAGCUCUCAGGAAAAAACAACAUUUGAAUAAUUUUCAUUAUUUUUCAGCCACGAGGAAGACCACGCCGAUCGAUUUCCACCCCGGCCGCUCAAGUUCAACCACAACAACCACAACAUCGUGCUGCUGGAAGACCUAGAGCUCAAUCAACGGUCACUGUAAGAUCACCCUCGCCACCUCCGAUUAUGCAACGCACUCGAUCACAAACGAAAGCACAGCGGGAAGCGGAUGCGGCGGAGCGAGAACGUCGCGGACUUCCAAGGAACGUCGUCGGCGCUCGUUAUUGUCCCCCAACUGUUAGUUUAUUUUCAUUCUUUAUGGGUUGUUUCAAUUUGAAAUGUAGUGAGCCUAGAAAAAUUCAAAAGUAUUGAAAACCUUGGGAGCCUUGAAAGUCUGAACAUUUUUCAAAUCUCAUGGAAAACAUUCAUAAGUUUAUAAUUCAUGUAUUUCAGCCGCCGAAAAUUACAAGAAAAUUGGUGGACAAAGUCGCUGGAUUGCUCAAGAAGAACUCAAAACAGUCGAAGAAUACCAAGAAGUCGAAGAAUGUCAAACCGCAACCACCAAAGAAAGCUGCGACAAAAUCAAAAGCGGCGGCGAAAUCAUCGACAAAUUCAAGAAGAGCACCAUCGUCAAGCACGGAUGCGCGUAGUUCGACGGAUGAUUUGACUGAUUCUGAUUCUGGAACCUCGGGAAGAAAUGAUGAAGAUGAGGAAACUGAUCAAGAAUAUUCUCAUGAACCAGCUGCUCGCCAAUCUUCACACAGUCAUCGCCAUUCAAGUUCCUCUUCUCAUCAAUCUCCUUCAAGCCCUUCGACCAAUGAUGACGACGAUGAUGAAAGUUAUCGCCACAACGAUCGUCGCCCAAAAUCAUCAACAAUUCGUGGUGGAAAAGUUGGUGAAAACUCGUUUCGUUCGCGCUCGGCUGCACCAACAACUUCAAGAGUUCCCCCAAAUCCAAAACCACGUGCACAAUCGGUCAGAAGACGUGUAUCAACAACUUCAAAUUUUGAGAGAGUAAGUUUUUUUCUCAAAAUUUGGGACCCAAAAAACUCUUUUUUCCUCAAUUUUCCCCCUGGCCCACAGAAAAAAAAUGAAUUUGCAUUUGAAACAACAAUUUGAUUAUUUCAGCCGCCGAUUGUUUACAACUCAAACCCGCGACAAGAUGAGGUGAAUUGUGAAAUGUCGGAAACGUUCCGACAAUUUGGUGGAUUGAGAGUUGAAUCAACGCAAAGUUCGGUUAGUUUGAUUUUCUCAUUGGUUUUGCAAUUAUUUAAUUCUGCAUUUUCAGAGCCGCCGCCAGCCAUCAAGAAGAGAAGAAGCGACGCAAAGCGCUUCGACUUCUGAUUCAUCGUAUCGACCAAACAAACCAAGCAAAUCCAACACUCGCCGCCGAAAACGCCGCAAUUGA